CGUCAGACUGCAAUACCGAAACAGUAUUUUAAAUUAAAUAAUAGGUAAUUAAAAAUUUAUAAAAAUGAACAAAUCAAAUCAACAGCAACAACCAAAAGAAGAACAACAAACUAAACCAGUAGGUGAAGAAGUUGACGCCUCCACCUCCAAUGAAACACAAACACAAAACAAAUUAGAGUUGCAAUCAGUUGCACAUGAAUCUGCUGAUAAUGCCGCGCAACAGCAACAGGAUAAUAAUUCACAACAAAGUGGUAGUAGUAGUAACAGAUCAGAGGAGCUCAUUGAGAUCACUGAGUAUGAUCAGUAUGAUGAACAGCAGGAAAGGCCAGUCGAAGAAGGGGUAAAAGAACCAACCAAUAAUAAAUAAAAAAUAAAUUUAAUGUUCUAAAAAGUAUUUUCUCUUUUAUUUUGAAAGAUCCUAAAGUAAAUAAAUUACUCAUCUUGA